UACUCCAUGAAAGCCUAUCCUCGAAUAUCGGGUUUUCUUCUUCUUUACAGUGUAACUACCUACUUAGAUACAUAGGUAUACAUCUAGGAGCAAACUCUGAAUACAACCUAGUCAUGUGCCAGGUACUGUUUUGUUUGGCUGCAUACACACCUCCUGCAUGUAGCUGCACACAUCUAGGUUAAAUAUGUACCUCAUACAGCAAGUCCUAAUGUCCGAAGAACGCCGAUAUGGGGUACAGGUGGUGAAGCAACCCUUCCCCUCUCGACUCGCAUUGAAUAUUUAGGUAAACUUCCGUUGGGAUUGCUUGAACCACAUUUUACGCCUGGGAAGUUCCAAGCGACACGAACCGAAACCACUGACCUGCAGGAAAAUACCUCGGUAAACAGCCUAUAUCAAUAAUAGUCUUUCGAACGAACAAGGUAUACGCCAUGGCCGAAAAGACUCCCGUCCUUACCGAUAAAGCACCAAAGCCCUUGGCUGGCAUUUACAGCCAGGCCAUCAAGGCCAACGGAUUUGUCUUCGUCUCCGGAGCUGUUCCUAUGGACGCCGCGACGGGAAAAAUAGUUGACGGCGAUAUUCAAGUCCACACUCACCAAUGUAUCAAGAACCUUGGUGCCAUCCUUGAAGCUUCCGGCUCCGACCUCAACAAGGUCGUAAAAGUCAACGUCUUCCUUUCUGAUAUGGACAACUUCGCGGCCAUGAACGAGAUAUAUAGUCAGUAUUGGGGUGAAGUGAAGCCUUGUAGAACAUGUGUUGCCGUUAAGACGCUGCCACUCAAUGUGGACGUCGAGAUUGAGUGCACCGCAACUUACUGAGCAGGGCCUCUUACCAUAGUAAAAUAAUCGAGUACUAGGUAAACAUUGUAUGUACCUACCUAUGUAUCACGAUGUCGCUUAAAUGGGAGAGGGUAAAAACAGUCAUGUAUGUCUUAGUUUCAUUACAAGACUUUCUCAACACCUAGGAAUAUCAAUCAGUGACACUUACAAGUAUCAUUCUACCUAUUGUUCUUAUUAUUUCUAUUAUUCCUAUGACUAAAUAUCACCUGGUCUUAUGAUGAAAUUUUGAAGAAUUAUACUAUAUUAUGGAUUAAAUAGUUGUAUAAGAUCGAAUGGUAGUAGAUGCUUUAUCUUUAA